CCAAAUGCAUCAACGGAUAUAACACUGUACGCGCCUCAAGCAGAUAUGGUCUGCAGCUGUGCGGCUACGCAAAUGGCUGCCAUGGCUGCUAUUGCUGUAGCUCCCACGAGGCAACUUCGUCUCACUCCUUAUACAGCCUUUCGUUAUCUCUCAUUCUACCGCAAACCAAUCCCCAUCCACCUUCCCAACCUCCCCACACCACUGCCUAAACCUAUUAUGUUUCGUUCCUAUCCGUCUCCCGACUUCUCCCCGGAGAUUCCCCGCCGACGAUGCUUCUGCACUGUAAUCAGCGGAGAGGCUGUCGAGACGACGAAGCAGGAUGUUGUUCAAGAUCGGAGGGGCCAAGUGGGUGGCAAAGUUGGAGAAUUUCGGAAGAAGCUCAAGGUUGUCGAUAUAAAGAGUGGUCCUAAUGAAGGCUUGGACUUCCUGGGGCAGACCUUGGUUGUGAAGGGAUGGGUUCGAACUCUUCGGGUCCAAAGUAGCGUUACAUUCGUAGAGAUUAACGAUGGUUCAUGCCUUUCAAACAUGCAAUGCGUGAUGGACUCGGAUGUCGAGGGAUAUGAUCAGGUAGAAACUGGCUCGAUUACAACUGGUGCAUCUAUAUGGGCGCAAGGCGUGGUGGUGAAGAGCCAAGGAUCAAAGCAGAAGGUGGAAUUGAAGGUCAAGAAAAUAGUACUGAUUGGCAAGAGUGAUUCCUCAUUUCCCAUCCAAAAGAAAAGGGCUAGCAGAGAGUUUUUAAGAACAAAGGCACAUCUUCGUCCAAGGACAAAUACUUUUAGUGCGGUUGCAAGGGUUAGGAAUACAUUAGCCUAUGCUACACACAAGUUCUUCCAAGAAAAUGGAUUUGUGUGGGUUUCAAGUCCUAUUAUCACAGCCUCAGAUUGUGAGGGGGCAGGUGAACAGUUUUGUGUGACUACCUUGAUACCAAAUUCUCAAGAAACUGCUGAUUCUCCUGUUGAUGCCAUUCCACAAUAUAACAGAUUAAUUGACUGGUCUCAAGACUUCUUUGGUAAACCAGCAUUCUUGACUGUCUCAGGCCAACUUAAUGGUGAAGCGUAUGCUACUGCUCUUACUGAUGUUUAUACUUUUGGUCCCACGUUCCGAGCAGAGAAUUCUAACACUUCCAGACACUUGGCCGAAUUUUGGAUGAUUGAACCAGAACUUGCAUUUGCUGAUCUAAAUGAUGACAUGGCCUGUGCAACUGCCUAUCUACAGUAUGUAGUAAAAUAUGUUCUAGACAACUGCAAGGAGGAUAUGGAUUUUUUCAAUACAUGGAUUGAGAAAGGAAUCAUUGAUCGCUUGAGUGAUGUAGCAGAUAAAGACUUUGCACAAAUAACCUACACUGAAGCAAUAGAUCUGCUUUUGGGAGCAAAGAAGAAAUUUGAAUUCCCGGUAAAAUGGGGAUGUGAUCUGCAGAGCGAGCAUGAGCGUUAUAUAACUGAAGAGGCGUUUGCUGGAUGCCCUGUUAUAAUCAGAGACUAUCCUAAGGAUAUCAAAGCAUUCUACAUGCGGCAGAAUGAUGAUGGAAAGACAGUUGCUGCAAUGGAUAUGCUAGUUCCAAAGAUUGGUGAAAUUAUUGGGGGAAGCCAAAGAGAAGAACGUCUUGAGCUUUUAGAAGCUCGUCUGGAUGACUUAAAGCUGAAUAAGGAUGCAUAUUGUUGGUAUCUCGAUUUGCGCCGAUACGGUUCUGUACCUCAUGCGGGAUUUGGUUUGGGCUUUGAAAGGCUUGUGCAAUUUGCAACAGGGAUGGACAAUAUACGGGAUGUGAUCCCUUUUCCUCGAACUCCUGGUUCUGCCGAAUUCUAGAAGUGAACUUGCAGAUAUUUGAAGCACUGAUCUUUCUACCCUAAUUUUCAUGUAAAAUUUAAAUGUUAUGUUGAGACAUUUGAGUCUCUUGCAUCCACUUGAAGUAUCCUUGAUAUUUUGCGAGGAAGAAACUUGGAUAUUAGAGUGGAUGUUCUGAUAAAUGCUUUUGUACGUUUAGAAGUUAUAGUAAUGUUAUAAUUGAUUAUUUUUUGAAGUGAUAAAGAUGUAAUACUGUGUUUUUGUUUGCACGUUAUGAUAUUGCGUGUCAAAGUUGAAUGUAAGUGAACUUUAUUCUUUCUGAAUUAUACAUGCAGGACUGGCUUGCUAA